UGAACUCACUCACUCUAUACUUAUUCCCUCUUAAAGAGGCCUCCUUUUAACUGCAGCACCUCAGUAUAUACAUAACACAGAUAUACAUAUAUACAUAUAUAUAUAUAUAUAUAUACAUAGGCCUCCUCCAAAACUGCUCCUCAUAUCACAAGCUAAGGAAGUAGAAGAAGAUGAGUCCAUGGAUGCUGCUGCUGCUGCUUCUAACAAUGGCUUUUUGCACAAGUGCUUCUGCUGCUGCUUCGGCUUCGAACUCUUUCUCAUUCAAGGACAGCUUUGAUAUCAUGGGAGCUGAGGACCAUUUCAAGGCAUCACCUGAUGGGCAGGUGUGGUACCUCUAUUUGGAUCAGAAAACAGGCUGCGGGUUCCAGACGAAGCAGCGGUACCGGUUCGGGUGGUUCAGCAUGAAGCUCAAGCUCGUCGGUGGCGACUCCGCAGGGGUCGUGACGGCGUAUUACAUGUGCUCGGAUCUGGGGGCAGGGCCAGAGAGGGAUGAGUUGGACUUUGAGUUCUUGGGGAACAGGACAGGGGAGCCAUACACAAUUCAAACCAAUGUGUACAAGAGUGGGGUGGGGGGGAGGGAGAUGAGGCACAUGCUCUGGUUUGAUCCCACACUGGAUUUCCACACCUAUUCCAUCCUUUGGAACAACCAUCACAUUGUGUUCUUUGUCGACCGGGUGCCGAUCCGGGUGUACAAGAACACGGACAAGCCAAACAACUUCUUCCCGAAUCAGAAGCCAAUGUACAUGUUCUCGAGCAUCUGGAACGCGGACGACUGGGCGACGCGGGGCGGGCUCGAGAAGACCGACUGGCGGAACGAGCCCUUCGUCUCAUCCUACAAAGACUUCCAGGCCAACGGGUGCCAGUGGAAGGACCCGUUUCCGGCCUGUGUCUCCACCACCACCGACAACUGGUGGGACCAGUACGGCGCGUGGGUGCUUGACGAUAACCAGCGGGAGGACUUCAGCUGGGUCGGGCGGAACCUCGUCAUCUACGACUACUGCAAGGACUACAAGAGGUACCCGACGUUGCCGCCGGAGUGCAGUCUUUAGAAGGAGAGGUAAACAGAGAACUAUUUCACAGAAAGAGUGGUAGGCAUUGAUAUAUAUAUAUAUAUAUAGAGAGAGAGAGAGAGAGAGAGAGAGAGAGACGGCAUUGGCACAUUGAAUGAGGGGUUAUCAUUCAUUCAUUGGUUUAAUGUACUUAAUGUUAUUACUACUGCAAAAAUUUUGGUGGAGAUUACUUCUCUCCUGUUUA